AUGGCAAUAUCUCAAUACUUCCUCUCGCCUAUUCUAACAAAUCCAACCUUAUCUUUUUUCUUCUUCCCUGUAAUCCUCCUGACUGUUCGUUUCCUAUAUCGUAUCUCCGCCUUUCAUCCGCUCUCUCAUAUUCCAGGCCCACUACUCGCACGGACGACUUCUCUUUGGCUGACAUACCAUGCCUGGAUUGGCGAUGAAGCCAGCACCGUUCAUUCACUUCACGCCCGAUAUGGCCCUAUAGUCCGCACCGGACCAUACAGCAUCGACAUCCUCGACGGUGACGCAUUGGCCACAAUAUAUACCGAGAAAGGUGGCUUCACCAAAGCCGACUUCUACUCUAACUUUGACAUUGAUGGUCAUAAGAGCAUCUUCUCCGAAACCGAUGUCUCUCGGCGAGCUCCCCGAGCCAAAGCAGUGGCACAUCUCUUCUCCACGUCGAGUCUCCGGCAGGGCCAAGAUGUGAUAUAUAAAUGUGUGGAUCGAUUCGUGGAUCGACUUGCUCAAGGUUCUCGACCAGAAAAUAAAGGCAAGCCACUGAACGUGUUGAACCUGACACGAGGCCUCGCCGUCGAUGCUGUGUCGUCGUAUCUCUUUGAUGAUGCCUACGGAGCACUCGACGAAGAUUCUGUCCAGAAUGAGAAACACUCCGUCCGGCAUGAGGUGAAAGACUCAGUCCACUCGGACCAAGAAAUGAGCGCCAGCGGAAUGGUCGACUGCUUCGUCGCCGUUGGCCGGUUUUGGUACCUCCCCAGCUGGGCAUUCCAACUCCUCGAACGCUUCGACGCAUGGUGGAACACCGAAGACGAAGUAUCACACAGCCUUACACUAGUCGACGAAUUCGUCGCCCGCGUCGUCUCACAGGCCGAAGGAGCUAUCCAAGCCUACGAGAACGACGUCAGCAGCCACAAACAAUCCCCUCCACCAGGAACAUAUCCUGCACGGAUGCUGCUGGCUGGAUUCACACAGUCAGAGGUGCGCGCACAGUGCAAAGACCUGAUCUUCGCGGGGACGGACAGUACGGGUAUGAAUGUCGCUUCGAUUCUCUUCCACCUGGCGCGUAAUCCGGAAAUAUACCGUUCUGUUCGGGAGGAGAUCGUCCAAGCGAACCCGACGUUUGACGAAUUGCAAUCAUUGCCGCGACUGCGCAAUGUAAUAAAAGAAGGGUUACGUAUCUCUAUGGCCAACCCGUCACGACUGCCGCGUGUGGUUCCAGCACAAGGUUGGAUGUUCAAGUCGACAUUCUUUCCUGCUGGGACGGUUGUGAGCUGUACGCCCUACUCAUUGCAUUUCAAUCCAGAUGUGUUUCCGGAUCCAUUCGAGUUCAAACCUGAACGGUGGGAGAAUGCGACUGAUGAGAUGGUGCGUGACUCGAUUCCGUUUGGUCUUGGGCUCCGGCAGUGUAUCGCCCGCAAUCUCGCCACGGUCGAGUUGUACUGUGCUGUUGAGAGAGUGCUGCGUGCGGAUGUACUUGCUAGAGCUCGCACCGCCGAUAAUCACAUAAACAUCUUGGAGUGGUUCAAUAGCAAGGUGGUUGGUGAAAGAAUUGAUUUGGUUUGGGAAUGA